AUGGGGAACAGCAAGAGUGGGGCCCUGUCCAAGGAGAUCCUGGAGGAGCUGCAGCUGAACACCAAGUUCACGGAGGAGGAGCUGAGCACCUGGUACCAGUCCUUCCUGAAGGAGUGCCCCAGCGGCCGGAUCACCCGGCAGGAGUUCCAGACCAUCUACUCCAAGUUCUUCCCCGAGGCUGACCCCAAGGCCUAUGCCCAGCACGUGUUCCGCAGCUUCGAUGCCAACAGCGAUGGCACCUUGGACUUCAAGGAGUAUGUCAUCGCCCUGCACAUGACCAGCGCGGGCAAGACCAACCAGAAGCUGGAGUGGGCCUUCUCCCUCUAUGACGUGGAUGGCAAUGGGACCAUCAGCAAGAACGAGGUGCUGGAGAUUGUCACGGCUAUCUUCAAAAUGAUCAGUCCUGAGGAUGCAAAGCGUCUCCCAGAAGAUGAGAACACUCCGGAGAAGCGAGCAGAGAAGAUCUGGGGGUUCUUUGGCAAGAAGGAUGAUGAUAAACUUACAGAGAAAGACUUCAUCGAAGGGACCCUGGCCAAUAAGGAAAUUCUGCGACUGAUUCAAUUCGAGCCUCAAAAAGUGAAGGAGAAACUGAAGGAAAAGAAACCCUGA